GUAAUACUCAAAAUAUUAGAAAAUGUUGAAAAUGCAAAUCAAAAUUGGAUUGAAGAGGCUAAAUCACAUUUAAAUAUAAGCAAUAAAUGGACUGAUGUUGUCCAAUGUUUUGGAUUAACACAAGAUCCAUCAAAUGGAAAUUAUAUGCUUGUAAUGAAUAAGUUGAAUAUAGAUUUAAGAAAAUAUUUACAACAAAAUCAUAAUCAACUUACAUGGAAAGAAAGAAUUCAAAUUAUUACCGAUAUAACACUUGCACUUCAAAGAAUUCAUUAUGAAAAUGCAAUUCAUAGAGAUUUGCAUUCUGGAAAUAUAUUAUAUGAUCUUGGUAAUGCAUUCUAUAUUAGUGACCUUGGAUUUUGUGGACCUGCAGAUAAACCAUUAAAAAGUAUAUAUGGAAAUCUUCCUUAUAUUGCACCAGAAGUUAUUGCAGGAAAAGAAACUACUUUUAAAUCUGAUAUUUAUAGUAUUGCUAUGCUUAUGUGGGAAGUUUCAUCAGGACAACCACCAUUUAAUAAUUAUGAACAUGAUUAUGAACUUGCAAUGAAUACCGUUAAUGGUAUAAGACCAAAAAUUGUACCAGGAACUCCUUUAGAAUAUAAAAAUUUAAUGAAACAAUGUUGGGAUGCUGAUCCAUCAAAAAGACCUGAUAGUUAUACACUUAAGGAAAAAAUGAAUGAAAUUAAUUUAUUUUAUCAAAGUAAAUCAAAUGAAUCAUUUACUCAACCAGAACAAAAUAAUAAUUUUGAAAUAGAAAAUUGUACUAACAGUAGCAAACUAUUUACAAGUAAAGUUCAUCAAUUUGAUAAUCUUCCAGAACCAAGAAAUGCAACAGAAGACGAACAAGAAGUAAUAAAUCAUAUGAUGAUUUUCAUAUUCCUAAUAAUGUUGAUGAUUUUAAUAAAUUUAGUAGUAAGAAAAAUAGUACUUCAAAAAUAAGUAGCUUAUUUAAAGCUGGCAGCAAAAAGUUAUCCAACAUAUUUAAAAGAAGCUCAAAAAAUGAUACUCAAAAUGAUUAUAAAAUUGAAACAAUGCAGCAGCAAACAAUGAAUCAUCAAAUUAAAGAUAAUGACGAAGAUGAUACGUUUAACAAUCCGAAUCUUCAUUCAGAAGAGCAA